CAUUUUCGUUUCUCGUUGCCAGGUGAAGGCUGAAUCAAAUAUAAAUAAAAAACACACAAUUCCAGUUACGGUUCGAACACCAGACUGUUUCAUUAGGAUAAGCCACAAGGAUCGGUAUUGCUGCAUCCUCAUUGGAUGACCAUAACAUUAUCGAUAUGUCGUCUUGCAAGAGUUGUCCCCCCUACAAGGCCAACGAGUUUGGCGUCUUCUUCCCCGAGUGCCUGGAACGUGUUGGAGGUCAUAGCAACAAGAAGAAUCCGGGCAAUGUCCAGAACCUACACCUUUUGGCCCAUUCGGUGAUGCCCAAGUUCUAUGAUGGCAUCGAACUAGACUAUUUGCAUCGACUGGCACCGAACAAGUACCUAACAGCCGCCUGGGUUCUUAGCCAUGUGAGACCAUCUGGUUUUCGAUUUGGCGGUCAAUAUACAUUUCGCGUUGUUGGUGACACAAUGUAUACACCAACUAUCACCGGGGACAUUCAUCCCUCAUCGCUGGCAUCCAACUUGAAUAUCCUUUACUAUCCCUUCCAAUCGCUGCGCAUGGAGGCUGUCAUGCAAAAGGCCAACAAGGAUACUCCGGUGGAGAGCCAAUACACGAUCGAAUGGACGCGACAGUGUGACACUUGGUCGGCCAAUUUCUAUAAUGUUCGAAGUGACACCGGUCGCUGUACAUUGUCCAUGAUGCGGUCGAUAUCCGCUCAUUGGGCUCUCGGUGGAGAGGUGCUCCUCGAGUGGAAUGAUCCCAGCAAACUGGAUACAGGUGUGGCCAUUGCAGCUCGUUACUCGCACUACAAUUAUUCCUUGGCUGCUUCCGCAUCGCGACAGGGUCUGGACAUUAGCUAUUGGCAGCGUAUCCACCCACAAAUCGAGAUGGCCAAUCUCCUGGCCUGGAAUCGUAGUACUCGCAAGACAAUAGCCACCAUAUGUUAUCGAUGGAACUUUUGGAAUUCCACAGUCCAUGGAAUGUUUGAUUCGGAUGCCUCCGUGGGCUUUAUGUGGACGAAAUAUCUCACAAAUCUGCCUCUGCAGAUGGGCUUCAGUGUGGUCAUGAGCCUGCCCACAGAUCGAUUUGCCUUUGGCAUGCGUUUUCUGCUCGAUCCGAGCGGAUUAAGGCGCGGAGUAUAAUAUUAACUUCAAUUACAUUUAUUGUAUAAUAUUACCAAAUUAUCUAUUGCAUCUCAGUCUUAGUCCAGAGUUGUACUAAUUACAAAUCUACUGUUUGGAAAGCUUUUAUUUCAUCGAAGAUGUAAACAAGCCUUCUACUAAUUUA